AUGCAGAUAGAGAGUUCAAAGCCCGGGUCAAAUAUGGAAGCAAGGCCCAUGCGUGUUUUGGUGACUGGUGGAUCUGGUUUGCUGGGUAAAGCCAUCGAGCAUGUGGUGGCGCUGGAAGCAGGGAAACUGGAGGGAGAACAGUGGAUCUUUCUGUCUUCCAAGGAUGCAAAUCUGACAGACCUUGGACAGACCAGAGCGGUGUUUGAGAAGUAUCGCCCCACGCACGUCAUCCACCUGGCUGCAAAAGUGGGAGGCCUCUACCUGCACAUGAGGGAGAACCUGCACUUUCUGAGGGACAACCUAAAGAUCAACGACAACGUGCUUCAAACAGCCCAUGAGACGGGGGUCACCAAGGUGGUGUCCUGUCUGUCCAGUUGUAUUUUCCCCGACAAAACCACGUAUCCCAUCAAUGAGACCAUGAUCCACGACGGCCCCCCUCAUGACUCUAACUUUGGAUACUCGCAUGCUAAAAGGAUGAUCGACGUUCAAAACAGGGCUUACUUCCAGCAGUAUGGUCAUCAUUACACAGCAGUCAUCCCCACCAACGUGUUCGGUCCCUAUGACAACUUCAACACAGAAAACGGUCAUGUGCUGUCGGCGCUGAUCAACAAGACAUACACGGCCCAAAAGGAAGGGACUCCUCUGACUGUGUGCGGCUCUGGAGCUCCUAGAAGACAGUUUGUGUAUUCUCUGGAUUUGGGACGCCUUAUCAUUUGGGCCCUGAGGGAAUAUGAAGAAAUCAGCCCCAUCAUCCUGUCUGUCGGUGAAGACGAUGAGGUCUCCAUUAAAGAGGCGGUGGACAUGAUUGCAGAGGCUUUGAAUUUUGAAGGCCAAAUGAACUAUGACACCACCAUGUCAGACGGCCAGAUGAAGAAGACAGCCAGCAAUGCCAAGCUGAGAAGCUACCGCCCUGACUUCACCUUUACCCCUCUGAAAGAAGCGAUAAAGAUGACCUGUGACUGGUUUAUAACCAACUAUGACAAAGCCCGGACAUGAAGAGACCAAACACUGAGCUGCAAACGUGGACUUAUUUUAGUUCUGGGGUGGUAUUGUUUGACAAUAUGGUGCUGGUUUGUAACUUAAAACGAUGCAAUAUUUUAGUUUUUUUUUUUUUUUUUUUUUAAAGAAUCUGUGAGAGGUGACAAGUAACGUUCAAUGGAUUCUUGUUCCUCGUGUCCCUGGCUGUACCCCUGAGAAUAUUCAGCAGAUUUUACUGUAGUGUUUUUGAAAUAAUUAAAGUUGAGACAAUGCUGUACUUUUUAAAGC